AUGUUACCGCAUUGUUAUGCAUUGUUGUCAUUGUCAUUUUGUUAUUUAUGUAAAUUCUAAAAAUUAAUCGACACUUUUUCACAACCAUUUAUUCUAUCUGGCUAAAUAAUCUUUAAAAAUCGUAUGAUAAUGUCUUUUCCGAAUCACAUUGAACCAAUGCAAUUGGAUGCAUCCAUCGAUGUUGAUGUCGACGUUGAUGAAGCAAGUGAUCUAUCGAAUUCGGACAAUAAUUUUCAUAUAAUCGAUUCAUCACCAUUCGAAGUGGAAACAUAUGCAAGUCAAUAUUCGGGCCAUUCAAAAUUGAUUCGUUUGAUGUAUAUCGCUGACCAUUGUCCACCAUUACAAAUUGAUGCACUUGAACAAGCAAUGAAAUAUGUGAAAGCUCAUACAUUUAAUGUAUCAAUGUAUCUGAAGAUUCAUGGCAAAUUGGUUGCAGCUCAAAAUGGUCAACCAAGCGAACAGGCUAAUGUCGAGCCAUUAGAUAAUGGAUGGAUUGAAAAACAAACAAAAUUAUCGCAAAUCAUAUUCGAGAAAUUGGAAACCGAUCUUAAGAAUUAUAAAACAAAUUCGAUUAAAGAAAGCAUUCGUCGUGGUCAUGAUGAUCUUGGCUCUCAUCAUUUGCUUUGUGGUGAUCUAACCAAUGCAUUAAAAUACUAUACACGUUCACGUGAUUAUUGUAUGGGCGAUCAUCAUCUAUUCACAAUCUUUUUAAAUGUCAUCAAAUUGAAUAUUUAUCUCCAAAAUUGGACUCAUGUUGGCUCACAUAUACAGAAAGCGGAAACAGGUGAAUUCAGCUCAAAUCAAACAAACAAAUCGAAAAUCAAUUGUAUUGCUGGCCUAUUAAAUUUGGUGAAUACAAAUUAUAAACAAGCUGCUGAACGAUUUGUGAAAGCACAUAUUGAUGAUCUUAAAUUAUUGAAUGAUAUACUUUCACCGAAUAAUGUUGCCAUCUAUGGUGGUCUUUGUGCUUUGGCUAGUUUUGAUCGUGAUGAACUUCGUAAAAAAGUUUUACAUAAUUCAGAUUUUCGUAUAUUUCUUGAACUUGAACCACAACUACGUGAAGCUAUCAGUAGAUUUUUGGAAUCAAAAUAUCCAGAUUGUUUGAAAUUGUUGGACGAAUUGAAAGAUGCUUUUUUGCUUGACAUUUAUCUGGCACCGCAUGUGAAACAAUUGUACAAUCUAAUUCGAAGUCGUGCAUUGAUUCAAUAUUUUACACCAUAUUUAUCGGCCAAUUUGAAUCGAAUGGCAUCGGCAUUCAAUACUAGCGUCACUGCAUUAGAAGAUGAAUUGAUGCGUCUAAUUUUGGAAGGAAUGAUACAGGCUCGUAUAGAUUCGCACAACAAAAUACUUUAUGCCAAAGAUACAGAUCUACGAUUAUCAACAUUCGAAACUGUAAUUGAAAAAGGUCGUGAUUGGCAAAUGAAAGCGACCAGUUUAAUUCUACGAACCGCUUGUGCUCGUAAUGGAAUGAUCACCAUUCGUCAACAGAAUUAUACACAAUCCCAACAACAACAACAACAGCAGCAACCACUGUCUAAUAAUACAUCAACAUCAUUGAUCCAGAAAACAACAAACAAUUCUACUAGCGGAAUAAAUCUUAGUUCACCCAUAACAUCGAACGAAAUGAAUUCAACUGAUGGUCGAUCACCAUCAUCAUUUCAUCAUUCUUUACCAUCUUUAUCACAAAAUCAAUCACAAAGUCCAUCAUCGCCUGGAAAUCCAAUGGUAUCUUGUUCGCCUUCAUCACCACCACCAACAACAACAGCAGCAGCAGCAGCACCACCAUCAACAAACAAUGGUUGUACAACUGAUCUUUGAAAAAUAAUAAUUUUGUAAAAGUAAAAUCAUAUGGAAUACAACUUAUUAAAUCGUUUUUACUGGUUUCUCAA